AUGCGUUGUCCAGCAGCCAAGUUUGCUACACACGGCAUCUCCCACUUCUUAUUUCUUAUUCUACUCGCCGCUGCCACAUUUCGACUUGACGAAAAUGCACAAGCCUCUUUGGUAGAUGAGGAAGCAAGUUCAGCAGCGACAACUACCACAACAUCGUCAAGUUCUGUGGGCAACUCAGCUACCACAGUUUCUAGCAAAGUAGCUACUACGUCAGUUAGUACGUCAACUGCCGCUAGUGCGACAACUAAUUCAGCUGCUAGGUUACCAAGACGAUCAAUCUACCUUCCAGUCGAUGACUCUUUUAUUGAGGAAAUCAGAGGCGGUAAGCAAGAUGAUGGAUUUCAGCGGAGGGGUGAAAAGGAAGGAGUUGAGUCAGGAUCCGUUUUAGGAGCCCUUUUAAACAUGGAAAAUCAUGUGGAAGCCUUCAAUAUGUUUGGUCAGCAGCCAGACCUGGAAAACAAACAGAGCUUUGAGGAGUUAUCGGGUGCAGGGUCAUUAAAUAUGGCGUGGCCGACGACUGCAAUUGAACGAGAUGAAGAAACAAGAAUCAGAGCAUGGAUACUAAGAAAUUUGCGACCGUCUAAAAUGAUCAUCACACAUGUUCAAAUUUGCAUUGUUCUAUGGAUUGUAGGCAAGUGUUUUUUUUAG